AUGUCAAGAUACACGCCAUCUCAAGUGGGUAAUUCAACGUUCGUAAGGCUACCAAAAGACAUUUUCGACAAGCAUGCAGUUGUGAACAUUCAAAAUAAGGAUGAGUUCUGCUUCCUGUGUAUCGACACUUCAGUGAAAGAUGAAAUUAUGAAGAUCAAAAACUUAUCGCGGUUAACUUCGAAACAAAUAUCUAAAGAUCAUUCUAAAUUGUACUUUUGUGAUCGGUGUUUAAAUCAUUUCAAACUAGAAAAAUGUUUUAAAGAGCACAGAGUAGAUUGUUUCAAAUCUAAUAAAGUUCGUAUGAAGUUUCCUAAUGAAAAGAAUAAGAUUUUGAAAUUUAAAGAUUUCAAAUCUAAAGACACCGUACCGUUUGUAGUUUACGCGGAUCUAGAAUGCACAUUUGAACCCCAGGAAGAUGAUGGAAAGACAGUUCAUAAACAUGUUCUACACACUACAGUAUUUGAAGGUGAAAUUUUAUUACUACCAAUCAAUAAAGAGCGUUACAUUUCUUUCACAAAAUCAGUUAAAAAUACUUCAGUCUCUUUAAGAUUUAUUGAUUCAUUCAGAUUCAUGGCCUCUAGCUCAGAAAAAUUAGCUUCAUACCUUGAUGACAAAGACAAACAGAUUACGCGACUACACUACCCUGAUCCUGACAAAUUUAAAUUAGCAAUACGUAAGGGUGUAUUCCCGUAUGAGUACAUUGAAAGUAUUGACAGACUAGACGAGAGACAGUUAUCUGACCAGGAAUCAUUUUAUUCAAAAUUGUCAAACUCAACUAUUUCCGAUAACGAUUAUGCAUUCGUUCAAAUAGUCUGGAAUGAAUUCGGUAUCAACGCGCUUGGAGAGUACUCAGAUCUAUACCUAAAAACAUAUGUCCUUCUCUUGGCUGAUGUCUUUGAAAAUUUUAGACGCAGUUGUUUCAAGACAUACAAUUUAGAUGCCCUACAUUUUUAUACAGCACCAGGCCUUUUGAACUCUGCAAUGUUAAAGCAUACUGAAGUAGAACUUGAACUGCUAACUGAUCCUGAGAUGCUUCUUUUCAUUGAAAAGGGUGUUCGCGGUGGGGUAUCAAUGUGUGCUAAUAGACAUGCUGAAGCUAACAACCGGUACAUGGGUAAAGAUUUUGAUUCAAACAACCCUGAAAGAUACCUGAUGUACUAUGAUGUAAAUAAUUUGUAUGACGCUGCGAUGAACAAUGUAGAUCAGUUUUUCAAUGAUGAUGAGAGUGUAGGCUACAUCCUUGAAGUAGAUCUACAUUAUCCUGAGAAAUUACAUGAUCUACACAAAGAUCUACCUUUAUGCCCAGAACAUUUUGUACCACCUGGUAGCAAGCAACAAAAACUUACGACAACUCUGUAUGAUAAAAAUAAUUAUGUUAUUCACUAUAAAAAUUUACAACAAUGUUUAGAUUUAGGUUUAGUUCUUAAGAAAAUACACCGUGUCUUGAAAUUUGAGCAAUCAGACUGCCCGGGAAAAAAUCUGCAUGCAUGA